GCCCCUGAACUCCUCCUGUAUUGGUUCAGUGUGUUUGUUCAGGGGAAGUUGGCCUUUGCCUGGAGAAGGCUUUAAAAACUUCGGAGUAAACAGACGCCACUUGUUUUUCUCCCAAAUGCAGAGCAAGUGAGAUAACCGAGGGUAGAAGUCGAGGGAUUUGAGCUCACAUCCUUCCGUAGGGAAGGGACAGCCACAGGGCCAUGUGGACACUGUUAGCUCUGUGCUUGGCCUCGCUCCCGGGCCUGCUCUGGACUUCAUCACUGUUCGUGGAGAGGGACAGCAGCCAGUCAACCAUCUGUAAGCUCGCACCACACUGGGAGAUCGAUGGCCACUCUCCCAUGAAAGAGCUGAUGGGAAAGGUGGUGGUGGUAGCGCUGCUGAAAGCCAGCUGACACUUCUGCCUCACGCAGGCUGCUAAGCUGGGAGACCUGCGUGAUAAGCUGGAACUGGGAAACCUGACCGGCAUUGCGUUUCUGAUCGUGAACGAACAGGAUGCUCACUCCAGAGCCAUGUACUGGGAGCUGAAGAGACGGGCAGCAGAGGGCAUCCCCGUGUACCAGCAGAGCCCACUGCAGGCCGACGUCUGGGAUACACUGCAGGGGGACAAGGACGACUUCUUAGUUUACGAUCGAUGCGGCCAUCUGACGUUUCACAUCAUGCUGCCAUUCAGUUUCCUGCACUACCCGUACGUGGAGGCGGCCAUCAGAGCCACGUAUUUCCGAAACAUCUGUAACUGCACGCUUGAUUCCAACUCUACUCAGCUAGCUAGCAGCAAUGUGACCACAGGUAGAAGUUUAGAGCAGAACACGACUGCAACCGAAUCACCUAACAGCAACAAUCAUCAUUCCCACCACCACCACCACCACCAUCAUCAUCAUCAUCACAUUCACAUUCACCAUGACCACAGCCAGAAUCGUUCCUCCCAAAAUCCAGUCAUCACACAGACCACCAGCACAACGACGGGGGAGGAACACACUCACGAUGACACAGAACAUGAACAUACCCUCUUUUUUUAAUACAAUUUUUUAUUUUCAUGUCACUGUAUGUGAACAAAUAGAGUGAAAUAACAUGCCUCAUUUAUUAUUAUAUAACACUGAAUUGGUAGCUAAGUUUCCUUUGUUAGGAACAUUUGCCUUGCAGCUCCAGUAUAAAAUAAAAAAGCAUACAUAAACACCAAAAAAAUUAUCAGGAGAUUAGCUAUAUUUGUGAUAAAGGAAAAGAAAUCAUGCCUGUCAUUUAUUCUGCUUUAAAAAAUUUUGAUGUAGUUUCUCAGCAAGUCUAUAACCAGCUUUCAGGAGGAAAAACAUCACUGAAGGAUCGUUGUGAAUAGUCGCUCCUCUUGGGCCCCUCCUCAUUGCUCUUAAUGAAGCAUGCACGUCAAACCCGGCCUGGGUGUGUGCACGCAGAUGCUGAGCCGAGGAGUAAUCAUGUGGAGCACCAACACACGUUCUGUCCAAGAUGGCUGCCUCUGAGAACUGAGGUUUCCUAUUUAGCUGAACGAGGAACUGAAAUCGACACGCUGGUGGUCAGUUAUUAUAUUGUUUUAUACGGGAUCUCUAAUUAUAUGGAAUAAUCUGAAGAUGCAUUGAGAGAAGGGAUGGUAUGUCAUAUGUGUUACAACACAAAAUUAUAUAUCUAUAUUGUUUUUUUUU